AUGGUUGAGCGUUUCCAUCGAAAAUCGAAAAGUGUUCUGGCAGCGCAGGCAAACCCAGACUGGAAGGAGUCUCUAUAUGUAGUCCUCUUAGGUUGCAAAUUUGCCCUCAAAGCUGAUCUUCAGUCCACACAGGCAGAGUUGACUUUCGGUCGCUCUUUGCGCCUUCCAGGGGAAAUGGUGGCAUUGAUUCCACCAACUGACUUGAUUCACGGUGACUAUGCAUCCCGUUUAGUACAUCGUAUGCGCCAGUUGAAUAUUGAACCACCUCGCCAGCAAACACCACUAGCCUACCUUUCCCCUAGAUUAUCCGAAAGCUCGCAUGUUUUCCUCGGGUCCGAGGUUUGCGCACCACCGCAACUUCAAUACAGCAGCUCACAUAAGAUACUGCGACGCUUAGACAAAGCCUACGUGACAGAGCGCAACGGUAAACGUGAGGCCUUCCGCAUCAACCGGCUAAAACCGGCGCACAUGGAGAAAACCGUCAGUCCCGCCUAUAGUUCCUCGCCCAAUCUGAAACCCGCAACUCCCGUUCCAACAAGCGCUGCUCACUACAACCCGGAAGAACCCCGCAACACGCUUUCAGCAGGCACCUGA